ACCCCGCCCGAAUAUAUUGUGCGGUACGUUUGAAGUUUGCGUUACGACAACACUAUCUAAUAUAUAUUGAUUGUAUAUAGUUGAGUCCUAGUUUAUAACUCAUACAUAGAUUUAGAAUUCAUACUUUAAGCAAUAUGGGUCGACUGUCAAAAAAACGAGCAUGGAAAAGCCCUAACUCUUCAGAUAUUAACAAUUCUGUUAUUACCUAUUCUUCUUGCUCCGCUACUCCUUUUGUAUCUGAUAAUGUUGGGACUGGUCUUACACCACACGUGCUGCUGGAUGACUCUGUCUCUAAUUUAGUAAUGAAUUCCACCUCGAGAUCAAAAAGCAUCGAUGAUAUGAAGAGUGAAUUAAACAAUCUGUUUAAGCAACUAAGCGACAUGCGUUCUAAAGUCGAGUCACUUUCUAGCUCUUUAUCAAAGCACGAAGAUCUGAAGCAAGAACUAAAGACACUAUCACCCUUAAAACUGCUUUUGUCAAAAGACAUCGUUCCUGCGGAACUUGAUGACAUUAUAAAAGCAGAAUCUGUUAUCGAUUUUAUCGCUAGUGAAGUUACCAAGCGAAUAGUCUCUCGUAAUAACGUGAUUGUCUAUAAUAUACCUGACAAAGUCUCCAUUAAAACUGUAAGGAAUUCGAUAUUAAAAGCAUCUAACCUUCAAGACAGUCCAUGCCAAUGCAUCCGACUUACUAAGAAGCACCAGAAAUACUCGUGCCCGGUCUUGUUCAGGUUUGAUUCUCAUAUAUUAGCUAGACAGUUAAAAGAAUCUGAGCGGCUGAUAUGCGCGCUUACGAAGUUUAGAAACACUCGCAUAGUCUCAGAUAAGACCACCAAUCAAAGACUUACGCAAAAGCGUACCGUGAACGAUAAUAAAGAUGUUGAGAUCAUAAAAAAUCAUGAUGCAUCAGCUGCUGGAUCCACUGAUACUGAUACUCUAUCUCAUGUUCUCCAGUACUCUGAUCUGCCAACGAAGAGUGCUAACUUACCUAUCAUGCCUGUAGUGAUAUCUGAUAACCAAUGUACAUCUACUGAUCACACUAAUCCGAUAGUAUUCAAUUUACCAUUAGAAGCCCAUAAGAAAAUACCUAGUCCUAAUGCGACAGCUCUUAAAAACACUGUCAAGAUUAAAAAGUCUAUGCCACGUAAGAAGAAUGUUUGUACAACGCUAGGUCGAUCUGCAAUAAAAAGACGGAUUUAGCCCUGUUUGUAUCCAUAUAUCAACCAUCACUUAUUAUGAUAUCUGAAGCAUGGACUAACAGUAAUAUUUCCGACCUAAGUAUAUCUCUUGACAACUAUUUACUAUAUAGAAGUGAUAGAUUGAAGGGACGAAGCGGAGGAUGCCUGAUUUACGCUCACUCUAGCCUAAACUCACUACUAUGUGAUAUGCCUGAACUAAACAAACUGAAGGAUUCGGUGUGGAUUGUAUUAAAGCCGUCAAAUUCCGUUACCUUACUGUUCGGCUGUGUUUACCGUCAACCCAACGCACCAAUAGAUGACAUAGCAAUACUAUCGGAGGUAUUCACACUAGCAUCAUCUUUUCCAUUCACAGGCAAGCUUAUUUGUGGUGACUUCAACUUGCCCGAAAUUUCUUGGUUCCCAAUCAGGGCGCCGAAGCGUUAUGAAUCAUUUAUAGAAUGUCUAGAGCUCGGACAAUGGACUCAGUAUGUCAAUGGCCCUACCAGACAUCAAAAUAUCUUGGACUUAGUCUUUACCAGUGGCGUCACCCCCAAUACUGUGUAUAUUGGAAAUACGUUUCCAGGUAGUGAUCAUAACAUUGUCAUAUGCAGCCUUAAUAUAAAAACCACAACCGGUAGACGUAAAACCGCAACACUUCGUAGAAACUAUCGCAAGGUUGAUUGGAAUAACUUCCACAAUCACCUAAGAAGCACUGAUUGGGGAACUUUCUUUACUGCAAACAAUACCGACACACUAACCAAUAUAUUUUAUCUCAACAUCAGAAGUAUCAUCAACAAAAUCGCACCUUUAGAAUACUGUAGACCUACGGUCUCCAAAGAUCUUUAUAUACCGGUCGGUACACGAAGACGUCUUCAAAGACAUUGUACUCGAUUCCAUAACCUUAAUGACUUCUCCUCUUUGGUGACGAUGACUGAAAUAAUUAUCCGAACAGAGGCAUUAAGUACACAAAAAGCAGUCGCACAGGAAAAACGUGCAGUCGAACUUAACAAUAACUUCUCUUCACUCACCAUACUCCUUCAAAAUAAACUUAAACGUUCCAAAUCGAGAGGGAGCGUAUUCAUUAAAGACAAACAAGUAUACGAAGACCCUAAACUUGUUGCGGAACUAUUUAGUGAACACUUUUGUUGCUCACUAACUAACGAAAAACCACUAAACGAUUCAGAACCAAUCCCAGUACCUCCUUAUGAAAUUACUAAUGUAAACUUUAAUGUACAAAAUAUCUCUAAGGCAAUCAGUACAUUGAAACACUCAUACACUGAUGGACCAGAUGGUAUUCCAGCUAGCAUGCUAAAACGUGGAGGGGAUGAUAUGUGUGUUUUGCUUCUCAAGCUAUUUGCGAUAUCACUCUCUACAGCGUGUUAUCCUACUGCCUGGAAAACUACACAUAUCAUUCCCAAAAUUAAAACAGGACCUGAAGCAAAUAUUGACAAUUACCGACCCAUAAACAUAACUUCAGUGGUAUCUAGAGUGAUGGAAAAAGUAGUUAAGGCGGCUGUAGUCCAACAUCUACUUGCUAAUAGUCUCAUCUCGACCUCCCAGCAUGGAUUUCUUAGGUCAAGAUCAUGCGAUACAUGCCUAGUAGACUACCUGAAUGAUAUAACUCUGAAAAGAGACAACGGACUACUUGUAUCAGUCCUCUUCUUAGACUUUAAAAAAGCCUUUGAUAAGGUCCCACAUAAAAGGCUUCUCGUCAAACUGAAGUCCUUCGGAAUAAACGACCCACUGUACUCAUGGUUUGCUUCGUUCUUAACAGAACGUAAACAGAUGGUAAAGUACAAUGACUGUCUCUCAUCACCUAAACCCAUAACUAGUGGAGUCAUCCAGGGAAGCGUAUUAGGCCCACUCUUGUUUCUUAUGUAUAUAAACGAUAUAUGUAACACUAUAACAUUUGGGAAACCAUACUUAUAUGCUGAUGAUCUCAAGAUAGUAUACAGUUAUAAGCCUGAGACCCUGAACGAAAGUGUACCCCUGAUCCAAAAUGACCUCAAUAACUUAACUAUCUGGAGUGAAAAAUGGCAAUUACCAUUUAACCUCAACAAGUGCGGGAUCAUGCAGUUUGGAAAGCAUCCCUAUGAACUGCAACUUGAUUUAAAUAAAAGUAGAGUCCAGACACUCAAAUCAGUACACGAUCUAGGUAUUAAUUACACAAGAAGUCUGAACUUUGAAGAACAUGCAUCAUCUAUUAUUUCUAAAUGUAGACGGCAAAUCGGUUUCAUAAUGAGAAAUUUCUUCACAACAGAGGCUAAGCUUACUCUCUAUAAAAUAUGUGUACGACCUUCCCUGGAGUACUGCUCUUUUAUCUUCUCUAACAUGAAUACCACCGACAAGAUAAGAGUAGAAGACGUUCAAAAACGCUUCACACGCCAACUGCUAGGAAGUAACUCUAAUGCCGACUACACAGAUAGAUGUAAGCACCUCUAUUUAGAACCUUUAUGGCACCGUAGGGUAAAGAAUAAUUUAAUAUUUCUCUACAAAGCGAUAUAUGGACUCUCAUUUCUAACCUCCUGCCCAACUAUGAUUCACGACCCAGCCUAUAGACUAAGAAACAACGCAUAUAAACUACACACCGCAAAACACCAAAAACAAGUGCGUUGUAAGUUUUCUACAGUGCGUUAUAGUUUAUUGUGGAACAGGUUGCCAUUGCCUAUCCGUAACUGUGACACAUUUACCAGAUUCAAAAGGCUAAUAACCCUGUUUCUAGGCUCUAAAGAGCUUCAAUCUUUCCUUGAACUCCCGCCCACCAAUGAAGCACUUUAUUAUGGACCGCCUAAUUUCUAGACUGAACAAGAAUAUAACGAGCCCAACUAUUAUUAAUAUGAAUACAACGAAAUUAUAGGACAUACGGUUUGCCGUUUCCUAUUAUUCAUUGUGCAUUAAUCCAGGCCUAAUGCUCCUAACCCUCACUUUCAGUUCCCAAAUCCCUCUACUGGUUAAAUAAACAUUUUUCUUCCUAAGUGUCAUGUCUUUUUUUUUCUUCUAUUGCAAGUAGACAGAUAACUCAGUAAUCUUAUGGAUGCUGAUCUGCUAAGGCCGAUCAUACGAAGCUCAAAAUUGAUCAGAAAAUCUUCCCCCUUGAGAUACGGAACGAGUGAUCCCGUCCUGCACCAUCUUUAAAGACUCAAAUAUUCCAAAGGGAUAUAAGAUUGCGAUUUCUAGAAGCCCUCAAAUGCACAUGAAUCUAGUAUCGACCGUCAGUUGCACGUCGCAACGCAACUCUCAUGAAGCGCGCUAACUGUGAUACUGACUAAAACCAUUCUACAUUCAUAUCUUAUAAAUUAUAGACCAAGCUGAUUAAUUUACUACAGUUGGAAAUUGUAUCAUUUGUAACAAUUUGAUCUUGCCUGUAAACUGGCAUGACUCAUGUAACAAAAUGUUAUUUGAGAAUAAAUUAUUAUUAUUAUUAUUAUUA